AUCUGUAAUUACCUAGAAAACAAAACAACAGACCCAGCUAGUUACAUGGGUCUACCUUUGUAUUCAGACCGAGUGACACGUUAGUACGGGAGCAUUGAACUCAGGUACUAACUAUGGCAGCAGUCUGUGACACCAAUGGCGCCAGCAUCCCUCACUUUCAGCCUCGCGCCGGAAACUGGAUGGCCAGACAGAUCCGCCUGGCGCACGACAACAGCAAGGAUAUUGUACCAGCCUCGGCGCCCCGGUCUCGAGUAGGGCGCGAGGAAAAAUUUCACUCUCUUUACAAGGUGGACUUCCCUUUGCAUCCUGUAGAGGUGUUCUUGGAGAAGUUUGAAGAGAAAGAGAAACCAAAACGGCUCACAAUACGUGACGUCUUGUUUGGGAACAGUCCAACAGCGGCAUUUGGAGACUGGAAAAUUCCUCUCAGAAUUUUAAAAGAAGCUUCCACCAACACAAAAAAAAGAACCACUAUACCUUCGUUAGUUGAGGCGAAGAGAGAGGAGGUCACAGAGCGUCCACCUUUGCAGAGGCAGAACUCGUUGCCGGCUAUACACAUCUCACAGCCUCGACGCCCAAGCUGCCUAUCAGAGAUCAAGACACCGAUCACCAGCUCGGCUCCACCUGUCAGAUCAAAGACUGUAGUUGCAGUCACUGAAAAACCAGCGUCGCAAAAUUUUGCAGAAAGUAAAACUGAAGCAAAGUCUGGGAUCGAGCAGAUAUUAAAGACAACCCUACAGCCCCACGUAGCCAACUUAGCGUCCGACUGGCUCAAACAGGCCCCGUUGAACGACCGCCAGGUGAUCGAGAAGAUACUGAGAGUUCAGAUCAAACAGAACCAGCUGGAGAGCGCUAUCAACAAGACCGUGUUGCCUGACAUCAGGAAAAAGGUCCAGCUGUGGCUGGAGACAGCUACAGAACUUGAACGUCAAAUCGCUCUGAAAUUCUUCUCCUCUCUGGCAGCAGUUCGAAACAUGAGCUCAACAUCCGAGGAACCACCAAACAUCAAAAUUCAACAAGUUGUCAACACUUUAGAGAAGGGUAAGGCUAAAGUUUGCCAAACAGCAAGAUCUUCCAAAUCACCAGAAAGAGAGAGCAAGCUGAAGUACAUUAAGCUCUUAGACCAGGAGACCAGAGCCAACAGGUGGAUGUAUGCUACCUGGCACCAUCUACCAGAAUAUCGAGAUGACAACCCUGUGAAUAACUGGAGCUCUCAUUUUACGAAACCUGGCGCAGGCACUCCAAGGCACUUUGUCAUUCACCCAGACUGGGGCUAACCAAAAGCUAUGACUGGCUCAAGAUGGACAACCUGUUUUGUUUUUUUCUGAUCUUAAAAUAGACUCUACUAGAUGUUGAAAUAAUUUGUGUGUAAAAAUCUAUUUAUGUUUUCGAUAAAGGCUUUCAGUUUAAUUUAAAAAAAAAAGAAAUCAGUAUUAGAAACAAAAUAGUUUCAAAGUGAUUCUCGAAUUCUCUUUGUGUGAUUUGUUGUAUUGAAAUUUUCCCACAAUAAAAACAAUCUACUUAAAUUUUCUUUGGUAUAUCCGGUGUCAAAAAAAAAAAAAGAAUGUUUUGAUCAUUAAAAUACUUUAAUAAACAUAUCAUUUAUUUUUAGCACUUUUCAGCACAUAAGAAUUAAAUUUUUUCCAGGCUUUUCCGUUGAUAGAACAAAAUGUGUUUACAAAUUAGUUGGCAGCAGUGAUCUUUUCAUAAGGAGUCCUUGACUUUAUGUUUUAUUUUGAACAUUUAUUUCAAAAUCUGUUGCCAAACUUCCUCUUUUUAGUAGCUUACCGUUAUUCUAUAGCUUAGAACUUUCUAUAUAGAUAAGAUAUACCCCGUGGUGGAGCAACCAUGGCGCGAAGAGUAAAGUUGCACCAUGACCCAUGACCUUUAGAGGCCCUUCAAAAAAAAAUGUUUUGUACAGGUUUAAAUGUAUCAGAUUUGUAUCAUGUACUAUUUUGUAGCUGCUGCUCAUGAGUAGAUCACUAUUGUUUGAAAAAAAAGUUAUUACCCGCACUGGACUGCAUUUCUGUUAAUGUUGUAUUGCAGUAGGGCUCUAUUUGGUCUAAGUUACACUUGAACUACGGAUAAAAGGAGGGAGGGGGGGGGGGGGCAUCAUCAUAUUCUCAAACCGGAGGUCAUGGUGACCUUGCUACACUAUCAGCUAUAAUCUAUAGGUAUUCCUUAACCUGUAUCAAUCUUCGCCAAGAAACAAAACCUGUGUAUUUUGUUGUUGUUUUUUUACAGAACAUCGUAUGAGGAAAUAUUUGUGCAUUGAGACAAUACAGACAAUACUAUUGUGUAAACAACAUUUUUAUCUAACUAUUGUUAAUUUUAGCACAGUAAACAAAAAUUACCGUUAAGUAUUAUAAAAGAAUAAACAACUUCUUAAUGUAAAUAGGCUUCAUAAUUUAUUACUUUUAUUAUCAUUAUAAUUAUAUAAUAAUAUAGUGCUAUUUAUUUUGUGAAUAUCACACAACUUUUUUUUUUUUUUUUUGUAAAUUUUUAGAAAUCUCAUUUGUUUAUUUUUAUUCAAAUUUGAUUGAGAGAAGAGAAUAAAGAUUGAGAUCUCAUUGAGGUCUGAUUUGUUUUUAAA